AUGAGGCUUGGCUUUUGGAAGGAUUCUGGGUUUGGGAGGCCUCUCCCCGGCGAGGAUGUUCGCUCCGGCGGGAGGGCUUGGCUUGCUUCGAGGCCGGAUGCCGAGGGGGAAGUGGCUACUGGGCCUGAGGCAGUGAAGGGUACUGCUAUUGGUACUGGUACUGAGAAACUUGAUGCAACACUUGCUGCUGAUGUAUUGAAUAAAUUCAGAGAUGAACAUGGAAAAUUCAGAAAUGGCUUAACCAGAGACACACGAGGAAUGCUGAGUUUGUAUGAAGCUGCACAUCUUGGGAUACGUGGAGAAGAAAUUUUAGAUGAAGCCCUUUCUUUUACUACUGCCCACCUCAAGUCUGUGGCUACCAAUUCAAGUUCCCCUCUUGUAGAACAAGUGAUUCAUGCCCUAGAGCAGUCUCUCCACAGGGGUAUGACUAAACUAGAGGCACGGCAUUAUAUCUCCUUCUAUGAGAAAGACCCAUCACGAAAUGAGGUUUUGCUUAAGCUUGCAAAGCUAGAUUUCAACAGAUUACAGUCAUUGCAUCUCGAGGAGCUAGGUGAAAUAUCAAGGUGGUGGAAGGAUCUAGACUUGGCAUCAAAGAUACCUUAUGCAAGAAACAGAGUGGUGGAGUGCUAUUUUUGUAUAAUGGGAGUUUAUCCUGAACCCCAAUACUCCUUUGGACGAACCAUCCUCACCAAAGUAACAGCCAUGACUUCAAUUUUAGACGAUACUUAUGAUGCAUAUGGUACAUUUGAAGAGCUCCAACUGUUUACUGAUGCAAUUGAAAGGUGGGAUGUCGAUGAAACUGAUAAGCUGCCAGAAUACAUGAAAGCGAUAUAUCUUGCACUCUUAGAUAUAUACAAUGAAAUUGAAGAAGAGAUGAGGAAUGAAGGAAGAUCUUAUUGUGUCUCUUAUGCAAAAGAAGAAAUGAAAGUAUUGAUUAGAACCUACUUCACUGAAGCCAAAUGGUUCUCUGAAGGCCACAUUCCUACAUUUAAGGAGUCUCUGGAGAAUGCCUUGGUUAGCUGUGGUUACGCCAUGAUACUACUUACAUCCUUUGUGGGUAUGGGAGAAAUUGCAACAAAGGAGGUCUUUGAUUGGGUGUCAAAAACACCUAAAAUUGUUCGGAGUGCAUGUUUGAUUGGUCGUCUCAUGGAUGAUAUCGUGUCUAACGAGUUUGAGCAAGAGAGAGGACAUGUCAGUUCUGCUAUUGAAUGCUAUAUGAAUGAAAAUGGUGUGUCAAGGGAAGAAGCAAUCACUGAGAUACGCAAGCUGAUCAAUAAUACAUGGAAGGAUAUAAACGAACAGUGCGUCAGACCAACUGCCGCAGCAAUGCCUCCGCUAAUGCGAGCUGUGAACCUUGCACGCGUGUUCGAUGUCGCCUACAAGCGUGAAGAUGGCUACACCAACGCCCAUGUGUUGAAAGCUCACAUCGUGCUUUUGCUCAUUGAUCCCAUACCAAUCUGA